UGGCUGUUUCUGACCUUUGAUCAGUCCAGAAAAAAAAAAGAAAUGGCGUCAGUCAACGGAGAAACAAAGUGUCUCUUCUUCCUACGACUCCUCAUUGUGUCUAUCCCAGCAUGCACUGGGUUUCCUGGAGGGGUGUUCAUGAGCAGACCGGAGGCCAGCGUCUUCCUGCGUCGCAGUCGUCGGGCGAACUUCCUGUUGGAGGAGCUGAAGAGAGGAAACCUGGAGCGAGAGUGUCUGGAGGAGAAAUGCUCGUACGAGGAGGCCAAAGAGAUCUUCGCCCUGCCGCAGCAGCUGGAGGCCUUCUGGAGGAUGUACACAGCGGUGGAUCACUGCCUGUCGUCUCCCUGUAAGAACGGAGCUACCUGCACUCGCCUCCUUGACACCUACGUCUGCAAAUGUUCACCUGGUUUCCAUGGAUACAACUGUGACAAAGCACGUGUGACGUCACACAGCUGUCGCUACAGAAACGGAGGAUGCGAACAGUUCUGCAGAGAUCUGCCGGAUCGCUCUCGCAUCUGUUUCUGCGCUCCAGGUUACCGUCUGGACCGGGACAACAGCACCUGCCUGCCUCAAGAUAGGGUCGCCUGUGGAAGACCUCUGAUGUACUUUACCCCGAGGGUUGUUAACGGGCAGACCUGCCCCAAAGGACACUGUCCAUGGCAGGCUCUGCUGACCACCGCUAACAACUCAUGUGGAGCCAUCGUCCUGUCAGAUCAGUGGAUUCUAACUGCAGCUCACUGUGUCUGGAGAAGAUCUGCUGCCGACCUCCAAGUCGUUGUGGGUGAGCAUGACCUCAUGGUGGAAGAGAAGACUGAGCAGAAGCGGCACGUGGUCCAAAUGGUGAUCCACCAGAACUACAACCAGUCCAGCUCCGACACCGACCUGGCCAUGCUGAAGCUCCACCGCCCCAUCAAACUAGGCGUCUUUGUGGUUCCCAUCUGCCUUCCCGCCCAGAACAGCACCUUCAUCCGAACUCUGGCGAGCAUCCGUCACUCCACCGUGUCCGGCUGGGGCCGCCUGUCGCGACACGGUGUUCAGUCCAGAGUCCUCCAGCGGCUGGUUCUGCCGAGGGUCCCGCUGCAGGAGUGUCGCCUCCACACCAAGCUCAACAUCACCAGGAACAUGCUCUGCGCUGGUUUUAAGACCGGCGGCAGGGACGCCUGCCAGGGUGACAGCGGCGGACCUCUGGUGACACGCUACAAGAAAACCUGGUUCCUGACAGGUGUGGUGAGCUGGGGAAAAGGGUGCGCCAACGAAAACCUGUACGGCGUCUACGCCAGAGUCAGCAACUUCCUGGGCUGGAUCAACGACAUCAUGUCCACUGGCUGAAUCCAAGGUCAACACUGGGAUGUGGCAGUUUUAGACCACAAUGAAGAUCAUUUAUUAAGUUAGAGUAGAAUAAAAACAUCAUGUGGCAUAAAACAAUAUUAGAAACAUCACAGUUGUGAAUUCAUCACUAUCGUCGAGCAACAGUGUUCAAAUUCUGGUGAUUUUUUAACUUGGAUUCUUUCGUUUUCUCAAAUGUCCAGAAUCAAGACCUGCAGGGACGAUUUUAAUCUGUGAGAUGUUGAUUCUAUCAUUUGUUCUUGUCAAACAAAAUAAAAUAAAAGACAAAGUCAAAUGUU